AAACAAAGCUCGUUAACCUCAAAAGUGUUAAACAAUCUUGAAACGUCAACAUCGAUAUAAAAAAGUAAUUUAUUAGUCAUCCCACAUUGAAUCAUUCGUCGGCAAAAUUCGGAAAUUUUUGUAAAAAUAUAUAAAAAUAGAUCAGAGUGUUUCUAGAAGAUUGGAAAUUUUGUAUCCAACUAACAUUUAGUAGUUAUAUUUGAUCAAAAUGAGUGUACUGGGUUUUAGUGAUAUUAUAAACGGACCGUUAGCUCAGUAUCUACAAAUAUCCGCCCAAAUUGGUGGAGAUGUUGCAGAACAUUCAAAUUUGGUUAAAAAUGCCUUCAAUGCCCAAUUCCAAUUUCUACAAUUAGCAAGCCAAUGCGCCCAACCUUCUUCCAAUGACUUGAUCAACCUCUUGCAACCUACUAGUGAAAAUAUUCGACUGAUCCAGGAUUACCGAGAAAAACACCGCACUUCACAAUAUUUUAACCAUUUAUCAGCUAUUAGUGAAAGUAUUCCUGCAUUGGGAUGGGUUACAGUAAGUCCUGCUCCUUUUCCUUAUGUAAAAGAAAUGAAUGAUGCUGGUCAGUUCUACACCAAUAGGGUAUUGAAAGACUGGAAAGAAAAAGAUAAGAAACACUUUGAUUGGGUUAAAGCUUGGAUUCAGACUCUUGGUGACCUUCAGGCAUUUGUUAAACAAUAUCAUACAACUGGAUUAGUAUGGUCAGGCAAAGCUACAGCUCCAAAAGGCGGAGUUCCUCCACCACCUCCUCCAAGUUGUCCUCCACCACCACCAGUACUUGAUGUAGACAUUAUGGGAGGCGCUGGAGACGCAGAUCGUUCAGCUCUCUUUGCCGAAAUCAACAAAGGGCAAGAUAUUACCAAGGGUUUGAAAAAAGUCACUUCAGAUAUGCAGACCCACAAAAAUCCUACUCUUAGACAAGGACCAGCGCCUUUCAAGCCUACUGCGCAGCCUACAAGUGUAUCUUCCGUGAAACCUAUCGAUAAGCCUCCAAGUUUUGUUCAAGAUGGUAAAAAGUGGAUGAUUGAAUAUCAGAAAGGUAAUCACAAUCUUCUUGUUGAAAAUGCAGAGAUGAAUAAUGUAGUCUAUCUAUUCAAAUGUGAAAAUUCCACUGUACAAGUUAAAGGCAAAAUCAAUUCCAUUACAUUGGAUUCUUGCAAAAAAACUUCAGUGGUUUUCGAUACCCUCGUUUCUUCCAUGGAAUUCAUCAAUUGCCAGUCAGUUCAAAUGCAGGUACUUGGGAAAGUUCCUACUAUAUCUAUCGAUAAGACUGAUGGUUGCCAGAUUUACUUGAGUCCUGAAUCAUUAGAUGUGGACAUAAUCAGUUCAAAGUCAUCAGAAAUGAACGUUUUAAUACCAAAGGGAGAUGGUGAUUAUACUGAAAUUCCAAUUCCUGAACAAUUCAGAACUAAGGUCAACCCUAUCACCAACACCCUUACCACUGUUAUUAUUGAAAACAAAGGUUAAACUUGGAAUUAUUGGUAUUAUUUCACAAGUUAUAUUUACAUCUAACAAAUUUUAUAUGUUAUUUUAAUUUUCGAUCAGUAUUUUUUGCAGGCCGUCUCUAAGAUUAAUUUUUUUUUAAUUUUAAGUAGACUAGUUUUGAAAGUCAUUAUUGAUAUUUUAUAAGCUUUUCAUCAAAUUAGAGUAAACUGACAUAAUUGUAGUUCCUUUUUAUUUUAUUUGUUAAUAAUUAAGAAAAUUCCUUCAAUAGUGCAAUACUUUUUUGUGACUAUCCCUUUUAAAUCUAGAACUGUCCCAUUCUUUAUAAGUUAAUAAUUUAUGUAAAUAAAAUUUGUUAGUAGUAAAUUAUAUUAGAUUAAAUGAUAUUUAUAAUAAUAAUAAUAUAAGCAAUUUCGUACAUUUAUAAAAACAGAUUUCUAGUGAAAAUACAUAAUUUUCUUUGUUUGAAUAUAUUUAGCUUAUACCCAAAAUACUGUUUUAUAAUUUGUAAUAGUUUCCAAUAAAUUUAAUCUUCAAUUGAAUAAAUAGAGAAACAUAUGUUAUUAUAUCAAGUCAGUAGUAGUUCAAAUGUACCACAGGUUGUUUUAAUUUUAUUUCCACCAUAUUAGCGUGAAAUAUUUUUAAUUUUAUUUAGUAACUGAACUGGCAUCUAUUUUAGAUUUUCUGAAAACUCUUGGCAAAUAUACUUUUAGAUGGCAUUCGAAACAUAAAAUAAUAUUGAAGUGAAAAUUAGAAAAAAAUUUAUAAUUUUCUUUAGUUACAGUCUUGAUUAGAAAUAAACUUAUUAAUGGUAAAUGGUAUUUUGGGAGUUUGAUAGGUGAACUUUUUGUCAUAUUAACCAAGUUUUAAGCCUGAAAGGAUUUUAAAACUUUAGUAAUAGUAAUAAUAUUAAUGAGAAUAUAAAUGAAGUUGGUGUUUGCGUACGUAAUAUUAAAUUAGUCAACGGGAGUGGAUACAUAUUUCAUAUCAAUGAAUUAUAGUGUAUUUUACAUUUGUUUGCUUAUUUUACGCUGCAUAUUAUAACUUAUCCUGCCAUACAUUGUGCUUUUAAUAAAACAUUAAAAAAUA